UAUGUUUCAAAAAUAUAUUCUGGUUUUUUGGUUGUCUUUUGUUCCUUUUUAUUUUAGUUUAAGAGGUGACUUUGUAUUUGACGAUUCCGAAGCAAUAAUCAAUAACAAAGAUGUAACUUCGAAAGUAUGGUCAAAUACAUUUUACAACGACUUUUGGGGUACGAAUAUAAAGAAUAAUUUCAGUCAUAAGUCCUACCGACCUCUAACGACAUUAUCCUUUAGACUUAAUUAUAUCAUAAGUGGUGAAAAUCUGGUUGCAUCAUAUUUCAAAGCAACCAAUUUAAUAUGUCAUGGUUUGUGUUCUGUUGUACUAUUAUUUGUUUAUCAAAUAAUAGUGGAAAGAGUUCAAAAAUGUAAUAGCAGAAUGUACUUAGAUAUAAGUUUUUUAGCUGCAGUAUUAUUUGCUGUACAUCCAAUCCAUGUAGAAGCAGUUGCAGGUAUUGUGGGAAGAGCUGAUAUACUAGCAACUAUGACUUUUCUUAUAUCAUUUUUAUUAUAUGAUCAAUCAAUGAAGUACAAUAAAUGUACUUACAUAUAUUUAUUUACUUCAGUAAUUCUAGCUGGUGUUGCUAUGUUAUUUAAGGAAAAUGGCAUUACAGUAUUGGGUUUUUGUAUAGUUUAUAACAUAGUUAUAAACUGUGGUAAUUCAAAAAGGAGUAAAACAAAUAAUUUUAAAGCAACUUUAAUAAGGAUAAUUAUAGUAUUCUUGGCUGGAGUUUUACUUGUAUAUGCUAGAUGGAUAAUAAUGGGAGGAAUGAAACCAGAAUUUAAGCCAGGUGACAAUCCAGCUGCUUUUGCAAAUAAUACAUUCACUAAGGUGGCAACAUUCCACUAUAUUUAUUUUUUAAACUUUCUCAUUCUACUAUGGCCCCAAUGGCUGUGCUAUGAUUGGUCGAUGGGAUGUUUAAAACUAAUAGAAAGUAAAAUGGACUUCAGAAUUAUGUUUCUCAUUUUAUUGUACUUGUAUGGAAUAUUAUUAAUCAGAACAUUUUUACGUCCCAGCAAAAGAAAAUCUACUAAAAGGCUCAUAUUUUUGGCAAUAUCAUUGCUAACAAUUCCAUUUCUUCCGGCUGCAAACAUAUUAUUUCCAGUUGGUUUUGUGAUUGCGGAAAGAAUCUUAUAUUUACCUUCUGCUGGAUACUGUUUACUUAUAGCAAUUGGUUUUCAUAAAAUUAUCAACUACAACAAAAAAUUCAAGCAUUUAGGUAAUGCAACAUUUUUGCUAUUAAUAUUAUUAUACGCAAUUAAAACGUGUGAGAGAGCAUUUGAUUGGCAAAAUGAAUAUAAUUUAUUCAUCAGUGGUUUAAAAGUUUGUCCGCUGAAUGCCAAAGUUCGGUACAACGUGGCAAAAGUUGUUGACGCCCGUCAGAAUGCUUCAUGGGCACUUUCGGAAUAUCAAGAAGCUAUUAGAUUAUAUCCUGAAUAUUAUCAAGCGAUGAAUAAUUUAGCUAAUCUACUCAAAAACGAAAAGAAGUUUACUGAAGCGGAAUUUUACUUCAAAAAAGCUAUUAGCCUUAAACAUGACUUUCCCGCGGCCUGGAUGAAUCUCGGCAUUGUUCUCGCUAACCAGAAGCGUUAUAAUGAAUCUCUAAAAGCUUACAAAACAGCGCUUCAUUAUCGACAACACUAUUCAGAUUGCUUAUAUAACAUGGGAAAUUUGUACUUGGAAUUAAAAGACACAGAGUCAGCGAGAGACAGCUGGACGGCUGCUAUUAGUUACAAUCCAAAACACACAUUCGCAUGGACUAAUUUAAUUGCUAUGCUGGAUAACACGGGACAAACUGAAAGAGCUCUACAAAUAAUACCAGAAGCACUCUCUCAGUUACCAAAGACUCCUUCACUACUAUUUGCCGUUGCUAAUAUGUAUGGUAAAAUAAAUCGAUUUACGGAGGCGGAAGAACUUUUUAAAAAUGCAAUAGACCUAUUUGGUGAACAAAUUAAAGCCGUUCACUAUAGCAACCUUGGUGUUUUAUAUCAUCGUUGGAAAAAAUACGACUUAGCCAAAGAAAUGUAUCAACGAGCACUUCAAAUUGAUCCUGCAUUUAAGAGCGCUAAAAAAAAUCUUGCACUACUGCACACUUAAUCAUAAAUUAUGAAUCUCUCGAGAUAUUUUAUUCACGUAACAGCAAUAACAGCGAUUUAGUAAUACAAUUAUCGUUUUAUUAAUAAA